AUGCCGACAGUGUAUAAGGAAGUCAUGAACCCCCUGAGCUCCGUGCAAAGAGCUCAUGUGGCACGGCCAUUGGAGGUGAUGAGAUAUCUGGUGGGCUGGGUGGCGCUGGCCAUCUGUAUGUGUGGGCUCAAUGCAGAACACAUCAAGCACACCGAGCCCUUGAGCAGCGGUGGUGGGUUGGAAUGUCUUUACUUGAUUGCCCAUUUACACCAUCGGAUUCCAGGUUUUCCAAUACGAUCCUGCGUCUUUCCAUUUACCUAUGGUGAUGUACUCUACUACAAUUGCAUCUCCGUUCACAGUGACUUUGCCUGGUGUUCUUUUGACAGGAACUUCCAAGGCAGGUGGUGGUACUGCACUGCGAUGGAUCCUCCAAACUGUACCUUUCCAUUCUACUUCAGAGGAGAAGUAUUUCACAAAUGCACCAAGAAAGGCUAUGUUUUGAAUCGCAGUUCGUGUUCAUUGACAGCUGAUUACAACAAAGAUAAAAAAUGGAAGCAGUGUUCUCCUCAGAAGUAAGGUGAUCGGGGAAGACGGGACAGGGUGUAUUGUGGUCAAGGAGGGGAACACUUGGGAUUGAUGCUGGAGGAAGCUUGGGGCCUAGCUGAGUGGUGAUGACUCAGACCAGUUGUC